AUGGGUCUAUUUGGCCACAUGCGCAUCCACGAGAGCGGAAUCGACCACAAUUCCGACACACCAACCACACCCAUCACGCCCAGCACCACCCUCGCACCGUCCAUCUGCGCCACCACCAACGCCUCCUCUGUAGCUGAUUCUGACACCGCCGACUUAACUUGCCCACACUGUCCACGCACAUUCACCUCACGCAUCGGCCUGGUCGGUCACUUGCGAAUCUAUCGCACAGAGACCGGAGAACCAGUGCCUGGAGCACCAACCUACACCCACCAAGCUCGUCUCAACUGCCCACACUGUCCUCGCACUUUCAGGCACCGCAUGGGCCUAUUCGGCCACAUGCGCAUCCACGACGACCUGCGGUAG